AUCGUUGACCUCUAUGUUGGAGAAAGGUUGUGGCUGAUUGACUAACUGAUCUCUUCACUCUGAUAUGAGAAUUUCAAUUGUGGGAAUGCUUACUUGUCGUACUGACAAUUGUAAGAGGAAUGUGCAUGGAAGAAAAGCAGCUGGCAGAAACACCAAUAGGAAUAGACUAAUAAGCUUCGCACUCACUUUGCACUCACAUGCGAGAAGUCAUCUGAAUCUCAAAGUCUUCUUUCAUUUUUGUAGGCCGACGGUGGGAUACGUCGGAUCGAGUGUUACGUUUUUUUCAUUGUUCUGAAGCUACCAAAGAUUCGCUAUUCUGCGAUGAGUGUUGAGUGGUGAACUUUAGAUUCGUAAUUACAGGUGAAAUUAUUUGGACAUGGCUUUGAGGAUUAGUGGGAGUUGGACCAGGGAUCUUAUGGUUUCUUCUUACUAAUCCGGGUCUACAAGAUUUUGGAACUCGAAGUUGUAACUUCUGACCUGAAACGUCGCACAAAAAAAAUUUCAUCGCGUCUGAG